AUGUUAGAUUCAGAAUUAUUGGCAGCGCCCACGAGGACGACAACCCCGCAACUCUUGCAAAAACGACAUGAUUUAACGGAUGCUUUAUUACAACUUCCCUAUGAUCUAAUAGCAUAUCUGGAACGUGCCGCCGUGCACACCGAUCUAGGGUAUCCGGAUCUCGCAGCUGGAGAUGCAUACCGCGCUCUUCUCCUGACGGACGAGGUGCUAAACGAGGGCUUUGAGUAUCAUGAGCAGGCACUGGAAGCUCUGCAGUCGCGUUGUGCCGAUGGGGUCCCGGCGAUUCUACGAGAUCAGGGCUCGAGCGACUGCGAUCCCUCAGACAUAGCGCACGAGGCUUCCAUCCAAUGCUAUCGAAAGCUUGCGACCAGCCUGCUGCUGUGCGGCUGUCUGAAAAGCGCACAUGAGUUCUGUACGAGGGGUCUGGCUGUUGCGCCCGGCGAUGAGGAUCUCUUGUUCAAGAAGGAACAUAUCCAGACACUUGCGCGGAGGAGAUUGAAGGUGGACGAUGUGGAUAUCAAUGAUCUGCCUGACCAAGGGCUGGUACGGCGGGAAAUCUAUCCAUGGAAUGACCAUGAGCCCGAUCGGUUCUCACAGGAGACGCUCGACUUCCUAAAUUCUGAGUUGGCGGCCGUGGCGCCAAAAUGCGAGGUGAAAGUCACCGAGUUGCCCUUCCUCAUCGAUGUCCCCGGUGAUACAGAAGGACAAGAUUCUCCGACCACGUGUAAACAACUUGGGCUAUUCGCAAAGGACGAUAUCCAGCCUGGAGAGACCAUUCUCCAGGAAAACUCGGUCCUGACGGUCAACAACCGCCUCAAAGAAUCUCUAUGUGAUGCUUGCAGCACUGAACUGCCCCCUCUAGAACCUGGAAGCACGGUCGUCGGCUGCCCAGACUGCGACGACACCAUGUUCUGCGAUGAGGAUUGCCUCGCCAGAGCCGAGUGCUACCACCCUUCUAUAUGCGACAAAGACAUCGACACGAUCGCCAAGGAUCCGGACCCAAAAGAAGCACCCAACGCUCUCUAUCUGCUGCUGCUCGCCCGCGCGUUGGCCAUGUCCGACGCGCAGGAGCGUCACCCUCUGGAUCUCACCGAGGUGAAAUACAUCUGGGGCGAUUUCCUGCCCAGCGCGGCGAACGCGGUGCCACUGCUGUCGCUGGACGCUUGCCCGCCGCCCGUCUGGACGCUGCCGUUCUCGUUCGCAUCCAAUAUCUCGGGUCCCCUGCACGUCCUUGAGAAGAUGGACAUCGACAUCUUCGCCUCUGUCGACCGCUACGAUCUCUGGAUCUUCAACACGCUGUAUAGCAAGUUCCGGGGCACGGCAUCGGCGCGGGUCAAUAAGAGAGAUGGGCGCGUGGAGGUCGCGGCCGUCCAUCCGCUCUGGUGCUUGGCGAACCAUGAUUGUGAUCCGAAUGUGCAGUGGGAGUGGGGCGGGCAGAUGAAGUUCUGGUGUAGGGAGAAGAGGGUUGGUGGGGUUGUGGGGGGGAUUAAGAAGGGGGAGGAGAUCCUGAGCCAUUAUUGUGAUAUCGAUCUCAAAGUCCAGGAAAGGAGAGAGUGGGCAAAGGGCAGUUUGGGCGGUUGGUGUAUGUGCGAAAGAUGCAAAAGGGAGGCUGCGGAGGAGGAGGAGAAGGCUCUCGAUGGACACGGUGCCUGA